CAGCGCUCUUCGCCCCGUCUCCGGGCACUCACAUCGUGGUCGCGGGCGGAGUUUCACUUCUCAAUCGGCUGCCAAGCUCGCAGCUCUCGCUCUCAGCGUGCCCGACAGCUUCUUCGCAGAGAAGGGGCUCAUAGCUGCUUUGCUUGUGGACGCGACCAGACCUGUAGAAGCGCCACACUCCCAGCAGCGCUCGCGGAAGAAAUCAGAGCCGUAUUUCGUCCUCAAAGUUGGGCGCUCUACGCCAAUUUUAGCCGGACACAACUCAAUAAGAUGCAGAGCCCGCGCGAGAUCUCAUCCGAGCGCCAGGGCGCGCUAACGCCCGCCACAGCUCGCCUGGUCACCAAGCUGGGAGAGCUGUCUGAAAGCGGCGCCACGCCGCGCAUGCUCGACCCGAACUCCACGCGCCAGCCGUGGGCCAAUCUCAGCGUGGACACCGCCGUCACUUCCGACGAAGACGAUGUCGCCGUGGCCGCUGCUCCUACAUCCCAUCCUUCUAGCGCAGCGUCUUCGAUGCGCUCCGGAUCAGGUUCCAGCCAAGUGGCGCUGCCCGCCGGUCUCCUGCCGGAGCGAUACACAGCCGACCUGACGCACUGGCAAUCGCCCGCCGACCUGCCGGAGCGUCGUCUGAUGGUUCAACGCAUCAUCGCAAUGACUCGCAGUAAGCGCGUAGAGACAGCUGCAUGCGCCGACACGCGUACGCCGUCGUUGGCCAAGCGCAUCGAGCUGUCGCUGUACUCGCGCGCCGCCUCGUUCCACGAAUACCGCGACUUGAACACUCUACGUCGCCGACUACAGUCGCUCGUGUCUCUGAGCUUCCACGAGGCCGCAGUCUCGCGUCGCCGCGCUGCCAUGAUGUCGGGCAGUGGGCCCGUCACAGCCGUACCGCAACUGGGCAAACGCAAAUGCAGAGCCAUGACGCCGUUCGGUGUGUCUAAACUCACCAUCAAGCGUCCGCGCGCCGAGUGUAUCGGCUCCACCUCAAGCUGCACGCCACGUACCAGCGCCCGCAUGAACGAGGAGGCCUCGUUCUUUAUCAUGGAUGAGGCGGUUCUAGGCCUCGUGUUCGCCUUCUUACCCGGUGUCGAGACCAUCCGGUGUAUGCAACUUAACCGUUUCGCAUAUCGCGUACUACCGCGCUGUGUAUUCACACUCGAAGUGGAGUUACGUCAACUUCGGCUGGCCUACAUGUUACACGCUGCUGCGGUUACUACUCAACCGGCUGCGACUCUAUUAUGCCAGUUCCCCAACUUAACCAGCUUAACGGUUUUUAACUCGUUGAAACCGUUAUGUGACCAGCAAGAGGCCGGGCCGGCACUGCACGCCUGGGGCUGCAGUGAGCUGGACAUCUCGCACGAUAACGCUGGGGAGGAAGUAGUGCAGCAACUCGCGGAAGGCAUCGAACUCGGCGCCUGUCGACGGCUUAACAGCCUUCGUCUGGUGUCCGUCUUCACCAACACGUGCCGCGGUAACGCGUUGCACUUGCUGUGUGCUGCGCUGGUCAAGGGCUCGUGUCCGAACCUGGAGGACUUGCUACUGGGAGGCAAUGGCUUCUCGGACGUGGGCACGGUAGACGUUGCGUGGCUGCUUAAGGUCGGGUCGCUUCCAAAGCUGGUGCGGCUGGAUAUCCGCCGUAACUACAUCGGCGAGUCGGGUCUGAAGCGGAUCAUGGCCGCUCUGCGCUCUGGACGCUGCCAACAGCUCAAGUAUUUAUGCAUGGGCGGCAAUAUCAUCACGGACAACUGCGUGGCUCCAGUAGUGGAGCUACUGUCGAGCGCACAGUGCCCUCAGAUGCGUUUCCUCGGCCUGGAGGACAACUUCCUGAGUGCACGCGGCGUACAGUGCAUCAUCCAAGCUGCUGUGGCUGGAGGCAUGAUGCCCAAGCUCCACCACGUUUCAUGCGAUGGAACGCUCGGCACUGACGAGACCCAGAGUGUACGCGCCGCUUAAGAACUGCAACACUAAGAAAUUAGAAAUGUUAAUUAAUCGGUUAAAAAUUCAUGAACUUUGUACAUACAAACAUCAAGCUAAUUCUCUGUUG